AUGUCCAUCCUGUGCGCGCCGAAUGCCGUCGUGGGAUGCGCAUGGGGGUUAAUAGCCGAGGAGAUGUUAGGUGGACGAUAUGAUCUGCUACUGGUACAUGGAACGACUGGCCCUCUAUGCGUGCGCUCCACCGACAUUGAGAUGACGAAGUGCAUCGGAAAGAAGAAACGCCAUGCAGCAGGCGCAACGCUUGAUUGGCACGGCGGCGUCAAAGGCCGCUGCGCAGAGGGUACGGAUACUUUGAGCGGAUACAUGUGCGAGUCGACGUGGAUCGACGAAACAUGGGUGAAUCGAGGUCUGGAACGGGACCGGCAAGCGGCAGAAUCGCAGCAGUUGAGCAGCGCAGCCGUUGCGCUGACGGUUGUAGUGGUGCCAAUAGCUCAGUUUUUGGGACGAAACGCUGCUCGCCGCCGGUCAACAAGAUCGAUAAUUCGGAUUGAGACGGCCCUACCCCGCAUCGGCUGUGCUCGAUUCCUUUUUGCUGAGAAUAGCGUGAUUUGCGAGGCUCGAGUCGGUAGCGUGCGCCCAGUUGGUGAGCUGCGCGCUGUAAAGUCGCGUGUGGAGAGCAAAGAGGUCAAGGCCCAAGUACCACAGACGAUCGCCCAGGACACCGCUGCUACGUCACCACCCCAAAGUAUGGCAGCCGCAACUCAAACUGCCCGAACCUCCUCCCCGUCUGCCACCAUGUCCUCUCCCAAGGACAGCAAAAAUAGUCUUCCUCCUACUACCAAGACGGCCGAAGAGUCCGUAAAGUCCGAGUCAUCUCCAAAGGUACAGCCUGCGACGACGGAAGCCGCCAGCAACGCAGAUCCAAAGCCCGCCACGUCAAAUGCCCAGCCGCUGGCACCACCACCCAAGCCCGCGCCCACAACUACUGGCGACACGCCCGAUUAUUUCAACACGGUCCACAAUCCCUUUUCGCUCGAGCCAAACGUCUUUGAGCAGUCAUUCGGCGGCGAAUCUGGAAGCCUACAGACGCCUGGUGGUCGUCCGAUUCUUCCGCCCGUCGCGAACAUUACGUCACCGGCACCGCUGCCGGGCAUCACACCUGGUUGGCAAGGCUUACGCGCAGGCCCCUUGAGCCCUGCUAUGCUUAGCGGCCCGACUGGACAGACAGACUACUUCAGUGAGUCGUUCCGAGGUUUCCCCACGCCUAACGAAUCCUCCCUCCGCACCGGCCUUACUCCUGGCGGCGGCGGUUCCAUGUUCCCUGCGCCUAGCCCCAACUCGCAAGCCAUUUUCAAUCUCCAAGGUGCCGGUGUAACGCCCGGAACUGCCGAUUUCCAGCAAUCUGCCCUGCGUGCUGCAGCCCAGCACCAGGCUAACAACAAGCCCACAUCCAACGCUCCCACAUCUCAACCUGAAGUAGCAACCGCAGGAAUGGAUCGACCAAACAACAACUACCAGCAGGCCCAACAGCCACAGCAUCGUGCACAGAACGACCCAUACUCUAAUCAUGACGUCAGCAGUGCAGCUAAUGACCUCCUCUCUUUUGCGAGCCAGAACGGUGCUGCGCGUAACAACCAGCCACCCUACUCCAUGGCCCCCCAGCAACAAUCAAUGAACGCAGGGCACAUGCCCGUCCAGCCCGUCAGCGCUAACCAUGGUCGUCGUGAUACCAAGGGUUCCAUCAAUAGCGUUCAAUCUGCAGAAACCGGAGACUUCUCAGAGAGCGGCCAGAGUGAGCAAAACAAGACUGGUACACGGGUUGCUGCUCUCAAGUGUCGUCAGCGCAAGAAGCAAUGGCUAGCCAAUUUGCAAGCCAAGGUUGAGCUGUUCAGCACUGAGAACGACGCUCUUUCUGCCACUGUCACUCAGCUUCGCGAGGAGAUUGUUAACCUCAAGACCCUCCUUCUCGCUCACAAAGACUGUCCAGUAUCACAGGCCCAGGGCCUCCAGGGACCUGCUAUGAACAAUUUCCUGGGAAGUGAUAUCAAUCACCAAAACCCAUACGGCAUCGCCCAGAUGCAACCCAAUGGUGUACACAUGAUGCCAAUGCAACAAGGCCAGAUGAUGAACCGGUUCGUAUACCCAUCCCACCCACCCCGACAACACUCUCCCGAGGCACAACAACACGGCCGCUAUCAAUCGUAA